AUGUAUCAACAAAGCAACUUUCCUAUCGAAACCUGGGGCGACCCGAGAAAGCUGGAUGGCGAAAGAUCAAACAACAAAAUGCCUAUUGCUUCGCUUCCAACUCAAUCGCUUAAUGCCGCUUCGCUCGCUUCCAAUGCCUUUCCGGCGUCAAACUCCAACCGGGACACCGAGUGGCUCAAAGUCGAGGUCUGCCGCGAGUUCAUGCGCGGCGCCUGCAAGCGAUCCGAGGAUGAGUGCAAAUUCGCCCAUCCGCAGUCCAAAUGCAUCGUCGUCGAAAAUGGAAAAGUCACGGCUUGUUUCGACUCGUUGAAGGGAAAAUGCCACCGAGAGUUUUGCAAAUAUCUUCAUCCCUCGCCACACAUCAAAAAUCAGCUGGAAAUAAAUGGAAGAAACGCGCAAAUGAACAAGAAACUUCUUCAAAAUACAACUCAAAUGGGCGUCCUAUCCGGAGUUCAACCUCUUUCAAUCGUCCAAACUCCUGUUAUGAUCCUUAACCAAGAGCAGCCGGCGACGAUUAAGGGUAUCCGCCCCGAUCGGCUCGAAAUUUGCCGCGACUACAUUCGUUCCAACUGCGAACGAGGCAUCGAAACUUGCAAGUUUGCGCAUCCACCGCUGGAUAUUCUGCAAAAAGGGGAUCAGUCGAUGAUCGAUACUUCUGACAACACUGUAAUUGUCUGCAUGGACGCGGUUAAAGGCAGAUGUCAGCGGCCGCUUUGCAAGUACUUUCACCCGCCCAGCCAUCUUAUUAUGAUCAACAGUGGUGUUUCCUCGCCCAUGGCCAGCUUCCAGCUUCAGAGCCAGCAGUUGGAGAACAAAUACAACAUGAAAUACGAUUUGAACGGGCAACAACGCCGCCCCUCCGGAGUCCAGACUUUCGAUCCAAUCCAGUCCAGCCAGCAGCAGCGCGCUUCAUCCGGCACCUCCCUUAAUCUUCACGAAGAGUACAGCUCUCAAAACGGGGGUUUUCCAACAACAUCGCUGGCGAUGCCAAUGAUGACCUCCUACAUGAUGCCGAUUUCGCAAGCUCAUCACUCUUUAGCGCCCUUCGCCAACGUCCAAUUGCAGCAAAAUAAUUGGGCGGCGCAGCAGCAAGUUCGAAAUGUCAAGUGA